CAAAGGUUCGCUGAUACGCUUAGUCUUCGUACUUUCAAACAGGUGUGCAUGUUUAAAUUUUCGCGAUCGGUGGUGUAGGUACAUGUGAGUUUUUUUUGUUUGUGAAGUGCAUACUUUGGGGGAGUUUGGUUUUUCUUUAAGUAGAUUUUUUUAGUGUGGUAAACCCCAUUCAAAAUGACUGAGGGUCCUAGUGACCUCGAGCUGCGUCGUAGGCAGUUCAAAAAUCAAAUGUCGACAGUGCAGACAAGAAGACAGCAAGCCGUAUGUGUCAGAAGGGCGCACAAAAGAUAUGGCACCAAAAGUAGCCCAUACGUCAUCCUGGACGGGCUUAAUAUGACUGUACCAAAAGGCUGUAUAUAUGGAUUAUUAGGAGCCAGUGGUUGCGGAAAGACCACAUUACUUAAUUGUAUUGUAGGAAGAAAAAGACUUAAUUCAGGGGAAAUUUGGGUUUUGGGUGGUACCCCUGGAUCUAGAGGUAGUGGAGUUCCAGGACCUAGAAUAGGAUACAUGCCUCAGGAAAUCGCUUUGUACGGUGAAUUCACCAUAAGGGAGACCCUCAAAUACUUCGGUUGGAUAUCAGGGUUAACCACAGAGCAAGUGGAAGAAAGAUUGCAGUUCUACAUAGACUUUUUGAUGCUGCCACACGCAGACAGACAAGUGAAGAAUCUUAGCGGGGGUCAACAAAGAAGAGUCUCGUUGGCCGCCACAUUGGUCCACGAGCCUGAACUUCUGAUCCUGGACGAACCCACUGUUGGAGUUGACCCUCUGCUCAGACAGAACAUCUGGAAACAUCUAGUCGACAUUACCAAAGGUGGUAAAACUACGGUUAUUAUAACCACCCAUUAUAUAGAUGAGACCAGGCAGGCCCAUUUGAUUGGACUUAUGCGUGGAGGCUACUUUUUGGCAGAAGAAUCUCCUGAACGACUGAUAAGAAACUUUGGCUGUGACAGUUUGGAAGACGUUUUCUUGAAGCUGUCCGUGAUGCAGAACAGGGGCAAACGAAGACGUUCUAGCAUCUCGCAAAGCGUUACCGACGUGAUUACGGUUCCGGUUGGUGCAAUCAACGAAGCAGCCGUCAUUGAUGAGGGAGAGGUCUGCGAAAUAUCGGGAGAAUUCGGUGACAAUGUGUCUAUGUCCAGUAGAGGAGGUAACAAACUGCCAAGGAGAGUCUCCAUUGCCCCUGAACCCACUGAAGUCAUCCAGCCAGAGUUGCCACCAGAAGAAGAGCCCCCAAAAACCUUCAAAGACUACCUAAGCAUAGUGAAGUUCAGUCAUAUGAAAGCUUUGGUUUGGAAGAACUUCUUGUGGAUGUGGAGGAAUGCUCCUGUUAUGUGUUUCAUCAUCGGUUUACCAGUCAUGCAAACCAUUCUUUUCUGCUAUUCGAUCGGUCACGAUCCAAAGGGAAUAACACUGUCUGUUAUUAAUAACGAAAUUAACUACCCCAACGAACAUUGCUCAUGGACGCCUGGAUGUAAUAGCACUAAACUGAGUUGUAACUAUUUAGAUACACUGGAGAAAAACUAUACUAUGAAACUGGAAUAUUUUGAUAGUGAAGAAGGCGCUCGGAAUAGCGUGGUCAGAGGAAACACCUGGGGAAUGUUAUUGGUACACGAAAACUUUUCAGACGCCAUAAGGUCCAGAGUGUUGGAAGGAAAAGACGUGCCAGAAUGGGACCUUAGAGCUUCUACUAUCGAAAUACAUGCAGAUAAAUCAAAUGAGAAUAUUGCCACCUUUUUGACCAGAGAUGUGUACUUUGGCUUCGAAAAGUUCUUCAAAGGUUAUCUGGAAUCUUGUGAGAUCCCUCCAGAAAUUGCAUCAAUUCCCAUAAGGUGGAAUACCCCUAUAUAUGGAUCCAACGUUCCAGAUUUCACCAACUUUGCAGCUCCAGGAGUGAUUAUAACAAUCAUCUAUUUUAUGGCAGUGGCCCUCACAUCUGGGGCCAUGUUGCUGGAAAGAAACGAAGGAAUCCUGGAAAGAUCUUUGGUUAACGGUAUCACAGGCAUGGAGACCUUAUUCUCCCACGUCAUCACGCAAUUCGUUGUGAUGGUGGGUCAAACUGCUUUCGUGCUCUUUUUUGCCUUCAUCAUUUAUAAUUUAACGCAAAACGGAAGCUGGAUCCUAAUCAUUGCACUAACACUGCUGGGUGGUUUAUGUGGAAUGUCGUACGGUUUCGUGGUUGCUUGUUGUUGCGAGAACGAACGUUCGGCCACAUACAUGGCCUUGGGAAGCUUCCUGCCAAUAGUGAUGCUUUGCGGGAUCGUCUGGCCAAUAGAAUCGAUGAACCAGUAUUUGAAAUACAUCUCGGUCGUAUUACCAUUGACGCAGGCCACGGAAAGUAUGAGGUGUAUAAUUUCGAGGGGUUGGAGUAUUGAUAACCCCGUCGUUUAUCAGGGUUUCUUUUCUAUUACUAUUUGGAUUCUAGUUUUCCUUAGUACUAGCGUUUUGGUGUUGAAAUUUAGAAAGGGUUAAUAUGUUUACUAUUUAUUGUGAUUAUUGUUGUUGUCAUAAGGUGAGUUAGUUAGGUAUUUAAUUAUUGUUUUGUAUGUUGAUGUGUCAAUAAAAAUAUAAAAUGAUA